AUGGAGGCUACACAGGAAUCCACCCAGCCUUGUGUGGACCCACGCCGCAUGGGCCUGAAUAAUUCAGGGCUCCAAGAACAGGAUCUGGCUGACAUCGUCUGUAUCCUGCACCCCAACUCUCACGCCGCGCAUGAUGCCGUUGCUGCAACCGCGAGUCUGAGCACCCAGCACAUUCUCCAGCAAGAUGUCUUGGAUUUUGAGACCUCCGAAACAGCAGCCCUGGAUAUUGCACUCAGAUUAUCAUCGAAAGUGCAUGACCUUAGCGUCGGAUUCUGCUUUGGACGCAACCGGGCUCGGUGUGAUGUUCUGCUGGCAGUCGACGAUGACGCAAAACGAGUGUCCAACACUCACUUUCGGAUUUACUUGACUGGCGAUGGCAUUAUUAUGCUGCAGGAUACGUCGACGAAUGGCACCAUAGUAGACAACUGUCGCCUACGCAAGAACCAGAAGGAAAAUAGCCGAAUGCUUUUAAAUGGAUCUGUCAUCCAGGUUGUCACGGGAAAUCAAGGUUCAGAUGAAGUGCGAUUCAUCGUUCGAAUUCCAUCGCGAGAUGGUUUUGCUGUACCAUACACCAAGAAUGCCCUUCGAUAUUUCGAGCGAGUCCAGCAACUCACAACAGGGAUCAAACCGCGACAAGGUACCACGCAGCCGGGUCUUUCAUGGUCGGUGUCCAAUACAUAUGGCAUGCACUGGACCGGCGGCUCGAUGUACAAUGUGACCGGGCAGAUCGGAAAAGGUGCGUUUGCCACUGUCUACAAGCUGGCAACGAAGCAGCAUGGUGCCAUCUACGCUGCAAAGGAACUGGACAAGCGGCGCUUCAUGAAAAAUGGGAUUUUAGACCAAAAAGUGGAUAAUGAGAUGAAAAUUAUGCGGGAUCUCAAACAUCCCAAUAUCGUUCAAUACGUCGACCACCAUGAACAUGAUAGAUGGAUCUACAUAAUCAUGGAAUACGUUGCUGGGGGAGAGCUGUCUACCUAUUUGUCAAGUCACACCAAAAUCCCGGAGGAUAUGGUGCGAACCAUCGCUCGUCAGCUACUUAGAGCGCUUCAUUACCUUCACAAGCGCCGAAUUACGCACCGCGAUAUUAAACCAGAUAACAUUCUGAUCGCAUCUCUGGACCCAUUGCGAGUUAAAAUUUCUGACUUUGGCCUGUCAAAAGUGACUCAAGAGGAGACAUUUCUGAAGACGUUCUGUGGCACGCUUUUGUACUGUGCUCCUGAGGUGUAUCCCGACUACGAGACCUAUCGACGUGGGGAAGCUCGAAAGAGACGACGCGUGGGGGACCCACCUCCCAAAACAUCUCCGUACAGCCAGUCAGUCGAUAUGUGGUCGCUUGGUGCAGUACUUUACCAUAUCCUGUCCGGAGUUCCUCCAUACUCAGGACGCGCUGAGGACCGUGGUGUAGCCAUGUUGCGUAGCAUCAUGGAAAGUGAGGCUGAUUUCGAUAUACUCCGUCGCGAGGGUGUGUCUGAAUCUGGCGUCAAUUUUGUCGCACAGCUCCUGAACCGCGAUCCUUUUUCUCGACCAACAGAAAAAGAAUGCUUCCAGCAUCCGUGGAUUUCAGAGGUGCCGGAUGUGGAUGAGUAUGAAGAUGACGACAUCCUAGUCGAUGCUCAUGAUGGUCUUUCUGUUAUUGGCGAGGACGCAGAAGAGGAACUUGAUGCGUCCCAACUUUCCCUUAGGGACCAUGCCGAGUAUGCCCUUGUGGCUGAAGGGGAGGAGUCAAGCAGUAACGAAGCCCUUGCCAAGAGGCCACGGAUUGAAUCCGGUCCGACGGACAUACGUUACCCAUCUCUUCCCAAAAUUGAGAGUUUCCAGGACGGCCAAGUCGUUGCCGAGCACCAUGCCAGACGCCUCUUUGGGGAGGUCACAUCAUCGGCUUUGCGAAGUUCCCACGCCCUCGGUGAAACCGGCUCCUGGAAUGGCGACGACAUCGACGGCGACGGAUUCGCUUCUUCUGGUGAGUCCAUGAACGAUGAACGCAGUGUCUAUUCGAUCAUUUCUCUCCCGGAACAUCCCUUCGGCGGCACGGCGCCCAGCCUCAUGGGCGCAGAGAACCUGGUUGGACGACUGAACAUGAACUCUUCACUCCCUAUCCUACACCCUCAGGGGGGCCUGGUUAACCAAAUUUCGACUCGUCAGACAAGCCCUGGACAAUCCAGAGAACCCCCCAAUGCCGCUAGCACUCCGCGAGUGGAACAGAUCCCACUCACCUCCAGUGCAAACGACACGACCCCCAAGGCUCCUAAAAUCUCCCGCCGCAUCGAACUUGAGCUGCCUGAGACGGCGAGCGAGCGCUCUAGCAGUUCUAGUGCGCCAGUCAGCCGCCCCAGCCCUACGAAUCCUCCCAAUCCUGUUGGCAGUGCGGAGUUCGACAUUGAGCUCGCAACUACACUCGAUGCACAGACCGGAAAAGCCGUCCUGGAGCAGCUACGUUCGAUUGAUGACCAACCGCCCGAGCUGAUUAUCCAUCGGCAGCCUGACGGCAUUCCCCAAGCCAUGCCGUCCACCGAGUUUACCAAGCCCUCAAAGCUCCUUGGCAGGCUCCGGAGCACCCCUGGGUCGAUGUUUGACCUGAACCUCCGCCUCGAAAAUCGCAUGACCUCGUGGGGCCGGGGCCCCAAUGCGACGGUGCGCCAUCUCGACAACCUGGAUGUUCGCAUUCCUGCCUAUGCCCUGGAAAUCACAUUCUGGGCCCCUGGGCUGGAACGUAAGAUCGCACGGGGCAAUGACUGGACCGAUGUUCCGGGGGUGAUGGCCGUCUUGUCGACCAAGACACGCAAGUGCAUUUGGGUCAACGGGACGGAGCUGCGAAAGGGCGGCCCGGAGGGCCUGCAGUUCGGCAAGCUGUACACAGGGGACACCAUAACGAUCUACAAACACAAGGACAACGGAGAAUUUCUCGAGUUACAGUGCGAGUUCUACCACGGCGAAAGCGCUCAGCCUCGGCCUAGCCACGAGGCCGGGUUUGUCGUACGCCAGGCACUUGUGGGCAAGUCGGACGGGGCAGCAAACCGGUUGCCCGUCCGGCCCCCUUACGCUAAGGCCGACGAGGACUAA